AGACCGGAACCAGCACCGGGCCGAGCCCGCCCGACGGCCGCCGCCGCGGGCCGCUGACGUGGCUCAGGGCGCAGGGGCAGCGCGCGAAGGGGCGGCCAGCCCGCACGCCGACCACGGGCUCCCCGAAUGUGGCCCCACGGGCACCAUGGACCUCAAGUUCCACGGCUCCCGGAAGCACGUCUCCAUCACCGUCCCGCCCCAGACCCAGACCAUGUCCCCGCACAUCAAGGCCGUGGAUGACGUCGCGGUGCUGGGCAUCGCCCUCAGCAGAUUCACCAAACUCACCCAGUUCGCCAUCUGUGUGGCGGGGGUUUUCGUGUUCUACCUGAUCUACGGGUACCUGCAGGAGCUGAUCUUCUCCAUGGAGGGCUUCAAGCCCUACGGCUGGUACCUGACUCUCGUCCAGUUCGCGUUUUACUCCAUCUUUGGCCUGGUCGAACUCCAGCUCACUCAGGACAAGAGGCGAAGAAUCCCGGGGAAGACCUACCUGAUCAUCGCGUUUCUGACCGUGGGGACCAUGGGGCUGUCCAACACCUCUCUGGGCUACCUGAACUACCCCACCCAGGUCAUCUUCAAGUGCUGCAAACUCAUCCCCGUCAUGCUGGGAGGAGUCUUGAUCCAAGGGAAGCGCUACAAUCUCGCCGACGUGUCCGCCGCCCUGUGCAUGAGCCUGGGCCUCAUCUGGUUCACCCUGGCCGACAGCACCAUUGCCCCCAACUUCAACCUGACAGGGGUCCUCCUCAUUUCCCUGGCGCUCUGCGUGGACGCCGUCAUCGGCAACGUCCAGGAGAAGGCCAUGAAACUCCACAACGCGUCCAACUCGGAGAUGGUCCUCUACUCCUACUCCCUCGGCUUCCUGUACAUCCUGCUGGGACUCGCCUGCACUCGCGGGUUGGGCCCUGCCGUGGCCUUUUGUUCCAAGAACCCGGUGCAGACCUACGGCUACGCCUUCCUCUUCUCCCUCACCGGGUACUGCGGCGUGUCCUUCGUCCUGGCGCUGAUCAAAAUCUUCGGUGCGCUUGUCGCCGUUACAGUGACCACGGGCAGGAAAGCCAUGACCAUCGUGCUCUCCUUCCUCUUCUUCGCCAAACCCUUCACCUUCCCGUACGUCUGGUCGGGGCUGUUGGUCGUCCUCGGCAUAUUCCUCAAUGUUUACAGCAAAAACAUGGACCGGAUCCGACUGCCGUCCCUCUAUGGGCUGGUCGCCAAGACCCUGGAGGCCAGGCGCUCACGGCUGCUGCAGACGGUGUAACCGGGACUCGCACGGGCACUCGCCAGCCGUGCCCAGGACACAGCGCAUGAGGGCGGGCUGUGCCGGGGGUGCCUGGGAGCGAGCACUUGGUGCGGGAGCACCGUCUGCGCCCUGGCCAGCAACUGGCUCCCACGUGGGGAGAAUCUCGUGGGACCGGGGCCAGUAUGGGGCUCGCCGUGCUCAGGAAGGAGGUUGGCGCCGGCGGGCGGACUGUCUCAUUCCAUCCGGUGG